AUGGCUUUCUCGCCGGCAGCGAAGAAGCGCAAGGGCGACAACGCGGCCAGCGUCGUCGGCAGCCCCGGCGCAGCGUCCGCGCAGAGUGGCGCCCAAGCGCUGAGCCAGCGCGCCGCAGUCGGCAUGUCCCCGAAGGCGCCAGCGAAGAAGCCCAACAGCGCGCCGAUCGAGGUCUUCGUCUGGCUCUACACCAAGUGCGGGUCGGACGUGUUUCCCGGGUUCCCGCAGGCGGAUCUCUUCGGCUUGCGUCUGCGGCACGAGGCUUUCCCCGCGGUGGAUUCGGACAUCCUCGCUUCCUUCAAAAUGUUCCUGGGCGAAAAGAAUGCGGAGAACGACGAUUACCCGGCCGACCUGAAGGAGCUGGAGGACUACGAGCGCAUCAUCAUCUCCCUGACCCAGACGCCCAAGGACGUCGAGGGCCGCCGCGUCCAGACCAACAUGCCGCUCAAGGAGUGGAGCGUCAUGUUCUGGACCGACGAGCCCUUCCACUGCAUGCGUCUCAUCGCGGACUUCUCGUGGUGGAGGGCCCAGCACCGCCGCCCCGCGGACAAGAGCCCCUGGCCGGACCUGAGCACUCUCAAGAUGGUGGUGAACCCAUUCGUCAACGUGUCAAUGGACGGCUUCAACACGGACAACAUCACCAUGCCCAUGACGGUGAUCGACCAGAAGACCGUCUUCUUCGCUUGGGAGGGCCGCACCUUCCCCUACCGCGAGCGCUUCGACUUGAAGCGCAUUGGCCGGGAGGACAACGUUCGCAUAUUGCCCCAGGCCCGCGCGGACGUGAGCAUUGCCGACAACGCAGCCUUCAUUCGCGACGUUUUCAAGCAGGGCGUUCUCCGCGAUCUGUUGGUGCACCUCGUGCUGGAGGAGAGCUCGGUUCCCGCCGACGGGCCCGUCAAGGAACUGCUGGACGAGUUUCGCGGAAACCCGCAGAUUUAUUUCAACGCCUUCUAA